AACAAAAUAACGAAACAAAAAAGAGCGGCUUUGUGGCAUCUCUGCCGGCCUAAAAUAUAAUUGUAUACUAGAUACUCUUUCCCUGCUCGAAACAGCGUUUAGUCCACGCGCGCAGAAUCAGAGCGAAAAUGGCAAAUGAGAUUCGAUGUUUCGAAUUGAAUACCGGAGCUAAGAUGCCGUCGGUGGGUCUCGGAACCUGGCAGGCUGAACCUGGUCUUGUCGGUGCUGCCGUUGAGGCUGCUAUCAAGAUUGGUUACCGCCAUAUUGAUUGUGCUCAAGCCUAUAACAACGAAAAGGAGAUUGGUUCAGUAUUAAAGAAGCUCCUUGAAGACGGUGUGGUUAAGCGCGGGGAUUUGUUUAUUACCUCCAAACUUGGGUUUGUUUUGUUCAUUCAUUUAGUUGGGAUUUCCAGGUGCUACUUGUCUAAGUGUUCUAAUCACGAUCCAGAAGAUGUGGUGAAGGCACUGGAAGGAACUUUGCAGGACCUGCAGCUUGAUUAUGUUGAUCUGUAUCUUAUUCAUUGGCCAGUAAAAAUGAAGAAGGGUUCAGCUGGUUUUAAGCCUGAGAAUUUUGACCAUCCAGAUAUUCCUAGAACAUGGAGGGCAAUGGAGUCAUUCUUCGAUUCUGGCAAGGCUCGUGCUAUUGGCGUGAGUAACUUCUCCACAAAGAAACUGGCAGAUUUGCUAGAGGUGGCGCGUAUUGCUCCUGCUGUGAAUCAGGUGGAAUGUCAUCCUUCCUGGCAGCAGGCCAAGCUACGUGCAUUUUGCCAGUCCAAGGGAGUUCAUCUAUCUGGAUAUUCACCUUUAGGAUCCCCUGGCACCACAUGGCUGAAGAGCGAUGUCCUUAAGAAUCCAGUCCUGAAUACGGUUGCCCAGAAAUUGGGGAAAACUCCUGCUCAAGUUGCUCUUCGCUGGGGUUUGCAAAUGGGCCACAGUGUGCUUCCUAAGAGUACAAAUGAAGCAAGGAUUAAGGAGAACUUUGAUGUAUUCCAAUGGUCUAUUCCUGAGGAUUUGUUUGUGAAAUUUUCUGAAAUUGAGCAGGCAAGACUGAUAAAAGGGACUUCCUUCGUCCAUGAGAAAUUUGGCCCAUAUAAGAACAUUGAGGAACUGUGGGAUGGCGAGAUCUAAGCCCAUCACUACUGUUUUCAUGAAAGGGGUUGCGAGACCUGCGAUGUUAAUUCAUUUGAUAUGCAUCAGCAACAAUGUAUGCUUCAUGUUUUGUUGUUAUACUCAAGAAAUUAUUGGCCGCUUACACUUUGUUGGUUGGCUUGAUUAAAUUAGUAGCUUCCCAUA